AUGCCGCCACGCUCCCAAGCAAAGCAUGCGGCUUUGGCUGCAGCUGCAAAGGGCUCUGCAGACAUACGGGAUGCCCUGCAUGGAAAUGUCACUGCGAUGCCUCCUGUUAUCACGAUAGAUGCAGAUCUCGAAGCAGCGCCUUCCAGUCGCAAGAAAGCACGGUUCACUUCUCAUCCUCUUCCGUCGGAAGGACAUCUUGACAUCCGUGCAGCCCUGGAGCAUGGACAUGCACUCACACGCACCGCACUCAGCCCGAGGUCAUUUACCGCUGCACAAGAAGAAGCUCUACUUCAUUGGGGCGCAGACUCUUUUGCGGCAACGUGUGCUGCAUGGGCGGGUAUGGGUGCAGAUGCUUCUCCCUUGGUGCUGCUGGCAAAUUUCCACCUGAUCCCCCCCCGUGUUGUUGAGUUGUUCGGCUUGUCAGACAACGGAGAUGGCAACCAUGUGAAUACUACGCGAAGCUUCCUUCGCGUUGCUUCCGCUUGGUGGCGUCUCCAACGGUCCGAACUUCCUGCUGAAGGAGAUGGCAAAGCGAAAGAGGACUUUGUAGAUGCAGCGGUGGCUUUUGGUGAUACGAGGCGUAUCCUGAAAAUACGUCCAGAAUGGUUGGACAAAAUCAUGGCCGGACAGAAAACUUUGGAGAUUCGUGGCUCCAAGUGUCCCCACACCGGCUGGGUGUCUAUUGCCUCGACCGGACAAGGCAUGAUUCGGUGCAGGGCGAAAUUGGGCCCGAGCCAUCCUCUCACAGAAGAGGAGCACAGGCAGCAUGCUGUAGCAGUACGCUCCAUGGGCUAUAAGAACCCGUGGGCAUGGCCCAUCGAAGCGUUGGAGAUUGUCGAGCCACCAAUCCGAAUUCCACCUCAUGUUGCCCGCGCAGCAGUCCAAUGGAUUACUCGUGAGCGUUGGGAAAAAUUGCACGCGGAGGCUACACUCACAGUCGAAGGCCCAACAGCGGCCACCGACGCAAAUGCCAAUGUGUGA